AGUAACAAUUCCUCCACCCCCCUCAAAAGAACUAUAUAAAGGACAGUAAGGUGUUUCUGUGCCAUACCUACAUGAUCAAAGAACUGUUACAAUCCCUCUUCCACACUAUCUCAUUCUUUUAAUUUCUCUAAUGGAGCUGCAUCCUGACCUAAUUUCAAAGUCCUUUUUUUGCACAGAUUAACAUCAUCUUGGCUGAACUUUAAAGGCCUAUCUGCUUUUUGACCCUGUAAAAGAAAAGUGCACAGUCUGAAAACAUGUCAGAGAGAUACUGGUCUAACUAUACUUUCCAGAUUCAAGUAUCAUGCUUUUCAGUGCAACAGUGGAGAUAAAAUAGAAGUAAGAAAAAUCUCCUCUCUGCAAAGGAAGGUUCCUGCAGCUUGUGUAGCUCUGAUCAUUCAUUCAGGAAAAACCAGCAUAAAUGAGAAAUUCAACAUGUUUUCUUCAGCCAUCACCAGCUACUACUGUAGCUCUACCAGUCAUCUACUCUUGCCUAUUUCCUGCUGGAAGUUUUGGAAAUAUUCUUGCUGCUUGGAUAUUUUCAAGGCAAGCACACACAAAAAGAACACAAUACAUUUACCUGGCAAACCUCGUCACUGCAAAUUUACUUAUAUGUAGCACAAUGCCAUUUCUGGCUGCCUAUUUUGCAAGAGGGUACCAAUGGACUUAUGACUGUGUAGCAUGCAGAAUAGCAAAUCACCUUGGGACUCUUAUUAUGCAUGUCAGUAUGUAUGUUACAAUUAUAAUUUUAUGCUCAAUUGCUCUAAGUCAGUAUGCAACACUGAAGAAAAACAGUGAUGUACAAUACUCUCAAGCAGUUAAUGAAAACUUCUACAGAUGUGUACUUGCAAAGUUUCGUCAGCCAAAAUUUGCUAAAUAUUUGUGCAUCAUUAUAUGGCUUAUUGUGCUCUGCAUAACAAUAAUAGCUAUAAUACAUAAUGUCCAGGCAAGGACCAAGGAAGAAUUUCACAGAUGCUACAACAUCAGGGUAGAAGCUGGUGAAUUCGCUGCAAUGAUUGCAGCUUUUCUUGCCACUUCAUGUUUUUUUGUAUCUUUUGUGACAGUGGUGUUGUCAUACUAUUCUCUUACCAGACAUCUGAAUAAAAUACAGAAAAAUACGUGUAUUGGAGAAAAACAUCUAAUUUACAGUACAGUGAAAAGAAACAUUUUUGUCAUCCAGAUGAUACUAACUGUCUGCUUUCUUCCGUAUCAUGUUUUUAGGCCAAUUUUUUAUGUACUGCUUACAAAUAAUGACUGCCCAAGGUUAAACUAUUUAGUGGAAAUUAAGAAUUUCCUUACUUGUCUUGCUGCUGCUAAGAGUAGUUUAGAUCCAGUUAUAACCCUUCUGUUAGAUAAAACGUUUAAGAAAAGUCUCUAUGGCCUGUUUACAAAAGCCACACCACCGGAACACCACAAACGUAAAACUGGUAUUUUCACUGAAGAGACUCUCAAAAUGUGAGGGAAUAUGGAAAGGUUUCAUUAGCAUAUAAGUAACAGUAAACUCAUUUUGACUACCUAUAACCAGACUUUGGUAUGAAAUGGUAACUAUUUAAAUAAAAUUACAACAGAUUACAUGUA